CAUCUCAACAGAUCUCCCUUUCAUUUCAUUUCGUUUUGGCGCGAGUGAGAGAGAAUGAGAAGGUUCUGCUCAUCAUAUCCUUCUCUUCGUCGAUUCUCUCGAACUUCCUUCUUCUCCCAAGGAACCCUAAUCAAUAGGUGCUGGAAUUUUCAGAGAGACAGAUUCCGCUUAUCCAGCAAUCUUUCUCAACUCGCUGCUGGAAGGCAUCCUGGCCCACUUUCUCGCUAUAGGAGUUUGGUUGAGCAAGGGAAACUCCAGCAUGAUCUUUAUCAGGAAAGGGUGGCUUCUGAAUUGGAGGAUUUACUUGGGAGGUUGGAGCAGUAUGAGAAAGACAUGGAGGAAUACCAUGCAUCCCUCGCCAACUGGGAGAAGAACAGAGAGACUGAGAGGCGCAGGCUUUUGAUGGAGGAAGCUGAGGUUAAGCAGCAGGGGGGCAUACGGAAAUCAGUGAAUAAACAUCGAAAUGGAUUUGUAGAAAAGUGGAUUUUACGGAGAAGAAAUGAGAAUAUUGAACCAGGAGUGGGGAGAAUGGUUUCAUACCUUAAUCGCGAGAAGAAGUUGGAUUCAAUAGUUGGUACCCAUCCAGUCGCUCCUCGAGCCCCAAAAGGACUAUAUUUAUAUGGAAGCGUUGGAAGUGGGAAGACAAUGUUAAUGGACAUGUUUUACAGUGCCACAGACGGCAUUGUUAAACACCGAAGGAGGUUUCACUUUCACGAGGCUAUGCUUGAAAUAAAUGAACAUAUGCAUAAGAUUUGGAAGAAGCAAGUGGAGGAAAAAACUUUCCAAUCAGUUAUUUCUAGUUGGAUAGAGAAUCUUCCAUUUGAUACAAAGGUGAAAGAGUGGUUGGCUGCAGAAGAAAAGUAUAAGCAAGAGGUACAGAUGAAGCAUAUUCUUCCUGCUGUGGCAGAUAGAUUUCUUGUUGACAGGCAAGCUGAUCAAGGUGGAGCAAGCAUUCUUUGCUUUGAUGAGAUACAGACUGUUGAUGUAUUUGCUAUUGUGGCCUUAUCUGGAAUUCUAAGCAGAUUGUUAAGUACUGGGACUGUUCUUGUUGCUACCAGUAAUAGAGCUCCUGAGGAUUUGAAUCAGGAUGGCAUGCAGAGGGACAUAUUUCUAAAAUUAGUCACCAAGUUGGAGGAGCACUGUCAAAAUAUUUUGGUUGGAAGUGACAUUGAUUACCGUCGCCUUAUAGCGAAAAGAACUAUAGAACAGGUUCAUUACUUUUGGCCUUUGGAUAACCAAGCUCGUAAUGAAUUUGAGAAAAUGUGGCACGAAGCCGUGAAUCAGUCUGGAGGAAGCAUAAUCUCAGAUACAAUUCCUGUGAUGUUCGGGAGAAUGCUGGAGGUUCAUGAAAGCUGUAAUGGGGUAGCACGAUUCACAUUCGAUUAUCUAUGUGGUCGCCCGUUGGGGGCAGCAGAUUAUAUUGCAGUAGCCAAGAAUUAUCACACAGUUUUCAUAUCCGACAUUCCCAUGAUGAGUAUGCGUAUUCGCGACAAGGCACGAAGGUUUAUCACCCUUAUUGAUGAGUUGUACAAUCAUCACUGCUGCCUUUUCUGUACAGCAGCUUCUUCUAUUGAUGAUCUAUUCCAAGGAACAGAUGAGGGGACACUUUUUGAUUUGGAAAGUUUCCAGUUUGAAACAGAGAUAGAAGGUGGGAAACUUCGUCGAGAUGUUUUAGCAGAAGGCGAUGUAGGUUCUGGGGGCGCACCAUCUGGAAUUGCAUCCUUACUAUCAGGCCAGGAAGAAAUGUUUGCCUUUCGCCGAGCUGUUUCCCGGUUGAUUGAAAUGCAGACGCCCUUAUACUUGGAAGUAGUUCAACACAUUCAUCCCUAUUUCCAGGGGCGCCGCCAAGAACUACCAAGUAACCAUUUCAGCAUCCCACAACUUCAACUAUCCUAACCUGCACUUCUAUUUUACUUAUAGUGUUCCUUCCUGUAUGAAUAAUGUUAGCUCAUCUCAUAAUAUAUGUAACAUAGGUUUCAUUAAUUUUUAUUCAAUCCUUUUUUCCUGGCUUUCAAAAUUAGAAUUAGACAAUGCCGGGACGUUUAUUUAAAUCUUGAAUAAAUGGUCGCUAUAAUGUAUGAGUUGUUAAACAGAGAGACCCAUAAAUAAAGAUUUCUUGAUGUUUGGGCACAGGA